AUGGAAGUUGUCAAGGAGCUCCACGCUGCUGUGGCAAAUGCCUGUGAGGCCUCCUUCGAUAAUGCCUAUAAGCACAUGAAAUCCCAUAUUGAUGCACAUGCCAAAGAGGCAGAAAUUAAAGAAUCAAUGGCCAGCCAAGCCCAGCGACGAUCAGAGACCAGAAUCCGAGAGCUUGAGCAUGAUAUCACGGUACUCCGGAGUGAGCUGCAGCAAUAUGAAGUUGAUCCACGGGAUCUUGAACUUCCCGGGGAAUAUGCCAAUCUAGAGACCGAAUUUGACCCGAAAAAUCUGUGGGGGGAUGAUCUGGAGGAGGUUGAUCAUCGCAAGUCUCGAAAAUCUCAGAAAAGAGUCGAGGCCAAAUACACCGCGCUUUAUACAAAUUUACAGACAUUCAUCCAAACUUGGAGUGGUCUCAAAUCCCGGGUGUUGCAGCAUAAAAAGAAGCUACGGCGAUGGGAUCAGCAACUAGAGCGUGGAGAAUUCUCGCUUGUUCUCAAUGGUCAACCUGUCACAUUCCGCAGAGUGGAAAGUCCCACCCCCGAGGAUGUCGACGAAGAACACUCGGAGGCCCAAGGCUCCUCGAAGAAACGUCCAAGAGAAGAGCAUUCAGAUCUUCCUGCCAAGGCCAUCAAGUUGUCACAAAGAAGGCCCCGUGCAGAUGAUAUGCAUGCAGAUAUAAAAGUUGAAGAUGAUAACCAAAGAGUAAUGCAUGGCUUAACAUCAGGGUCGGCCUCCACUCAGUCUAGCUCUCCUAGACCCGAUAUGGAACCCUCGGAAUCUUCUGAUACAAUACCCAAUGUCCACCGGCAGCAGACCCGGCAGAGGCUUUCACCAACGCUUCCUGACAGGCAUCUCAUGCAUACCCAGCGGGCCGUCAUGAACUCGGAGCGCCCUGCAGUUGUCAAAAAUGAGAUCUUGUCCUCGAGUCCAACCCGAGGUUCAAUGCACAACAGUGAACAGCCAUUUGUGAGCACGCAAGAUCUCGAUGAGAUAGGGGACACGAUACGGACACCAAUCAAACGGAAAGCCUACCGGGAUGUCAAUAUCGCAGAUGCUUGGAAUUCAGAGAACAAUACAAAUACCGCACAUCACUCAAAGCAAAUUCCACCAGGCCAGGAAAUAUCGCAACUGUCAUCUGUACUCCGACAAGUUGACGGCAACGCACGCAAGGCCACAUUCUCUGCACAGGGGUCUGCCACGAAACGCCUUCAAGACCUGGAGCGACGCGCAAUCCCAGCUCUGGCAGAAGACGGUGAUGAUGCGAUAUCCUUACGGACGUCUCCGAAGAUUGGCUCCGGUGUCAAUCUUGGACUUUCGGAAGCAAAGACAAGUGGUGGAUUUGCACAGAGACGUCUAGAAAAUCUUCUAGAACGAUCGGUACCCUCCAAAUCACCCCUUCAUUUGGCGAGCAAAGUCUCCAGUCCAGAUUCAACAAGGGCGAACGAUACAUCCCACAGUGAUCAAACAGCACCCAAGAUGGCGAGUCAAAUGGCCCCAGAUAUAGACCCCGAUGAUGAACCAUUUAGGGCAAGACCUCUUCGUCGUCUUGGGUUGGCCCAUUUCAAAAUCAAUCCGGCUAGGAACCAAGGGCUUGAUUACGCAUAUGGUGCAGUUGUCCGAAAGAAGGAUGACCGCAAAUGCAUAUCAGGCUGUACUCGCCCAGGAUGUUGCGGGGAUCGGUUCCGGGCCAUGGCUCGCCUUGGGGGUCUCCCCGGUAAAUCUGAAGCAGAACAAGAGGAAGAAGAUCAGGCAAUUCUACAAGAGUUCGUGGGAGAAGAUACACAAUUGCUUCGAAACAUGAGCGGCAAAGAGCGUGAAAAUCUCCUGGUGGAAGCGAGAGCCAGGGCACUGGCCAACCAAUAUGGACGACAUCGGCAUACUCACCAGCGGGCUCAAUCCCCUCCUGGCUUCUGGCGGACUGAUAUGCCAGAUACACAGGAGGAGGAAGACGACCUUGAAGCUGCCAAGAGGUUGGAGCGUCAGAAAGUGGAAGAGCGAUAUCGAGAGGCUAUGCGUCCUGGGGGGUUAUGGACAUGGGCGGAUGAAUAA